GCGUAUGAAAUGGCCUUUCAUAUUCAUAUGAUAAUAGACAUUAGAUAUUAAAAUAAAUGUGAGGGGGGUUGGGGACAUGUUUAAACAUCUUUUUAAAUUAUUUUCAAAAUGACAUUUAAAUCAAUCAUAGACGACACCUGAUUUAGUCGGAAUCCUUCUACACUUUAACCCACUUUACAACUUGGUGUCUGUGACACUACCCAAUGACAGACAAGUAUACCAAUUGAAGCCCUGUGAUAGGAGGAGAGCGAGAGAGUUAUGAGGAGAGAUUUCCCCUAGUCAUCACUGUUCAUUUGGCGUCUGUCAGAGUUAGACUCAGCUAGCUAAAGGUUCAAGCCAAAUAAGAAGUUGAAAUGAGAAUCAGACUCCUCUCUGUGGCUGCCUGGCUCUUUACCCUUCUCUGCCCCAGCCACGAGGUUCAGGUGAUGCAGCCUGAGAUCCGGACACUCAACCCCGACGGUACUGUCUCCAUCACCUGUAGUCACACAGACACAGAUGAGCUCUUUGUCAUUGACGCCAGGCUGAACAGACUCAAUAACUCUGAUGUUACCAUGGUCUGUCAGGUGAAUAACAGUCACAUGGCUGACUGCACCUACAUGAAGGUGACAUGGAACCAGUACAAGUUCACAUUACACAACUUAAAGGCUGAGGACAUCUGUGGUCUGUUCCAGUGUGAGUUCUCCUUGUCAUCUGUUGUUACCAUGAAGCCCAUCCAAACUGUAAAGGGGAAACACUCCACCAAAUUGCUGUCAGAGGUUCAGGUGAUGCAGCCUGAGAUCCGGACACUCAACCCCGACGGUACUGUCUCCAUCACCUGUAGUCACACAGACACAGAUGAGCUCUUUGUCAUUGACGCCAGGCUGAACAGACUCAAUAACUCUGAUGUUACCAUGGUCUGUCAGGUGAAUAACAGUCACAUGGCUGACUGCACCUACACGAAGGUGACAUGGAACCAGUACAAGUUCACAUUACACAACUUAAAGGCUGAGGACAUCUGUGGUCUGUUCCAGUGUGAGUUCUCCUUGUCAUCUGUUGUUACCAUGAAGCCCAUCCAAACUGUAAAGGGGAAACACUCCACCAAACUGCUGCCAGGACUAGCAGGAGAUGUCCUCGUUUGUCCUUCCCCUCUACUUGAGUCCCCUGAGGCUGAGCUGAUUGACCAACUGAAGUGGAUUGUGAUUGGAGUGUCUGUGUUCCUCUGCUUCUACAGCUUCACCAUCACCUUCUUCUAUAUCAGGCUGAGGGUCUUUCGAUCUGAGGAGCUGUAUGAUUCGCUGACAUACGUCCCCAUGCAGCCUAAUCGGACCCAACCUACGACGGGAAGAGGGAACAUUAACUCGACCUACAUGGAUAUGAGGAAGGUACCAGUUGGAGUGAGAGGCUCACGAUCCAUCAACCACAAUUCCCAACUCAUUUGUUGACCACGUAAAGAGACCUUCGACUGAUCAGAUCAAUCAAUUAGAUUCAGAAUCAUUCCUUUUGAAGCCUAAUGUAGGAAAGAGCUGGUCACUUAAAGGGCCCAAUGCUUUAUUAGUUAUAAGAAUGUAUAGGAGGCUUUCUUUUUUUUCUUUUAAUGUUGCAAGUUGGGUGAAAACAAUUACUUCUUUAUGUUCAUGACAUUUUGCACCGUUGAUUCAGCAUCAUCACACUGAGACAAAAAAAAGGUUUGAAGUGAUGUGAAAACAACGUUGCGUUUUUUUUUUUUUUUUGUUGCCAAGUGCGAUGCUGCUUACUGGUCUAGAAUGUGUUUUGAUAGAAGUGCCUAGGUGAGACUUUCACGACUCGUCACAAUGAAUGUAGAAACCAAAACAAGUGCUGCUUGUUAUAUUCACAUGUAAUUGUAAUAAACGUAUGAUGCAUAUUGGAGAGAGCGGAGUGAUAUGGGAAAUCACCAGCUAAAGGAAUUAAGCAGACUUAUUUAUUUCACAAAAAAAAAUCAACAACAACAUUGAUUUCAAAGUUUAACAAACCAUGUAACUCUAUGCACAAGGACUACUUUGAACAAUAUACACAGAAUAUGUCCCAAAAACACAUGUACUAGAAGAACUGUGAAGAUGCAAAAUUUUGAUAACAGAAUUACGGUAAAAUUUCCCUCCCCUUUUUUUUUCAUUUUUAGGCGACCACGUUUUAUCAAAACUCUCGUUUUUUAAAUUUCUUCUACGAAUUAAGAUUCAAAGAUGUCUGAAGGAAAGAAGGACGUGUCAGCUGUGACAUCACACGUUGAGUUUGACCGUUUUUAUUUUUGGCUAUUGAACUAUAUAGUACGGG